CAACAAACAGCCUUGAGCCGGCAUCAGCCAACACGCUCGUUGACUGAAGACGCUAACAUGUCCGCCAUGGACGUAGACCAAAUUUCUCCAAAGUCAUCUCCCGCCAAGGUCAUAAAACGCGCCCCAGUCACGUACGGAAAGCGUAGGGACCCCCAGCUUGAAAUACGCGACUCUUCUGUAACCCUCGCCGACCACGACUCUCCUCGUGUGGAGUCGGAGCCCUUAGAUAAGAAAGGCGAGGACUCGGCGCUUGAUAUGUUGCAGGGCUCACAGUCCUCCUCAACUACCUAUGCAAAUGAUGACGCUAUGCACGAUGCCAGUCCUAAACAUCAGUUUGGCUGGAGAGCACAAUUGAAAGCGCUAGAUGAAGCCUUCGACAAAGACCAGGAACCACUUGUACAGCCUCGAGUUACUGAGCGGUCGUCAUCGACGCCACCCUUUCAACCUCAUUCCUUUGAGGAGAAUCAAAUCACACAUAUGGAUGCCACGCCUCUUUCUCCAGUACCACAAAAUUCCAAUGGGCUAUCCGAUGGCACACUGCUACCCCCUACAAGCGAUCCAGCUGCCUCCUUAAUUGACGAGUCUCUUGAAGAUUCACCCAUAAUUUCUCGCAAGGCCAGACGCCCGAGGAAUCGUGUCGACUGUGAUUCUGAGCGCGAAGAUUCCGAAAAUUCUUCCUUGGUAUCGCCUGUUCACCAUCCAAUCAAUACUCCUCUGCUGCGAUCUCCUCCCACACCUUCGACAUCAGAGUUCGAGAUGCCUUCAACGAGGCCCAAGGCUAACAAAGGCAAGGGGAAGGCCCCUGCUCGGGAUGUCCCUCCGCUUCGUUUUGAGAGUGAAUCCACUUCUACAAGUGCCACUUCAAAGAAGGGUAGCAAAGCCAGGCGGAAGGACGAAUCCACGCGCCUAAAGACCAAGGCUCCGACUAAAAAAGACCUGCGUGAAACUGUUUUGGAGAGCUCGCGUAUCACUGCGAGAAAGAAUGUCGAGGUGGCGCGUACUCAGAAAUCGAAGCAUACCAAGGCUCGGCUUUUUGAGACGAUCAAGGAUAAAGCCUUGCAUCCAAUAUCCAAUUUUUCCUCGCCUUCCAAAGUCACACUAGGCGGAUCUUCUUUCGGCGCACCUUCACGUUUGCUUGGAUCCUCUGCUGCUCCGCCCAAAAAUCCUCCGCGGCGUGCAACUUCCCCGCCGCAGUCAAUGGCAUCCGACAACAGCGGCGACGAGAUGCCGAAUCUCACAGACCUAUUGAGGCAUGAGCAAGCCAAACGCAAAGAAGCUAAUGACAAACGUGCUCUCGCGGAGUUGAAGCAGCGAGCCCUCCAAGACGCAGCUAGGCGGUCAUCUAGGACCGGAGAUAGCGAUGAUGAUCUAGAGAUUGUGGAUAACAAUAUGCAUGUGACAGCCCAAGAAGAGGCAGUGAAACGCAAAGCGGACAAGUUGCAACAUAUUACUCCUUCGAAGGGCAAGGCGAGACAGCUUGCGUUGAGUCGGAAAUCUCUACCAGGACCGUCCGGCUCCCGUGCGAAGCCUUUUGCACAAGCCAACAUGUCCGAAUACCUCAGGGAAUCCGCGAUGUCAUCAUUCGACCGGAAGGCGAAGGGCAAGGACACUAAGGCCCUGCUCACCACACAACAAUUAAACAGAGCGCUCAUGCAACAAGCUGAGACUAGCAAGCUUGCGACUAUCCAGCAGCGAGAAGAGGACUGGAAACAAAGAGGAGGCAGGGUACUAGAAGAGCCUGUAGAAGUUGGGGAGAACACGUCAUUCAAAGACAGGCUUGCUGCAUAUGUGCAGAAGGGGCUUGAGGUAGCAGAGCACGACGACUCUACUGUUGGCGACAUGGAGGUGGACGACACGGACGGGGACGACGCGGAUUAUGCUCCCGAGGAACGGGGCUCAGCCAGUCCAGAGCCCGCGGAAAGUGAUGGCGAGGGCGGCAGCGAUCAGGAGAACCAAGCUACGGGCGUCGAUGUCAAUGAUGGUGCAAGCCAACAUACGGACGUUGAAGAUGAGGAGGUCCAAGUGCACAGACGCGGUAUUCGUCGUCCCCUAAUGGUGGCUUCCGAUGACGAGGAUGAUGCUCCCAGAAUUCUCGUGCCAGACUCCUCGAUGCUGGACUUGGCUUCCAACGGUAUAGUGAUACGCAACUCGGAAUCGGACCAAACGGAGGACGAGAAUGACAAAGAGAACAGCAAAACGUUGAUGUACGACAGGAGCGAGGACAAAGAGAACAAGGCUGUUGUUCGACACUCCCAUUCAGUUGCGAGACCUCCCUUAGGUAGUAGACCGGGUUCGCUUCUUGACAUCGAGGAUGUUGUUCUCAGGAGAUCUCCGUCUUCAACAUCGUUGGGAGGUUUCGAUGGUGUCCCCAAUUCUCCUGAGCAAAAUUCACGUUCGCCGUUGAAGGAGAUUGCUCAAGAUGACUCGUUCGCGGGAUCCCCAACUUCAAAGUCCCCAUUUACCACCAGACUUCUCCAAUCUACGUCAAAGCAUCUGACAUCCCCACCGGAAGCAUCACACUCCCUAAUGACCCUCGACUCACCUCCGACGCAGCGUUGCGUGCAGCUUGGUCGUGCGGGAUCAUCGAAAAACAUGGUUAAGGGUUUCGAACCCCGCACACUACUACCUUCCUUUUCUGAAACCCUUAGCAAGAGUAGUCCUGCAUCCUUCGUACCCCUGGAUCCUCUCGCAAAUGGAGGAGGUUUUUCGCAACUGUUCUUAGAUGACAAGGAUGAGGGACCCAGCUUCAGAGAGACUGAUCUUGUGGGUGACUGCAAUGAGCCCACUUUGUCACUUGAUAUUGGACUGGAGCCUGCACUGGAAGUCAGCAGUGCCCUUCGCAGGAAGGCUGACGACAUUUUUGAAAAGGAGCAAGAGUAUGUAAUAGAGAUCGCAAACAAGCAACGGAAGCAGGCUGAUGACCCUGGGAUGUACAUCCGCGACAACGGGUUCUUGACUCAGACAUCGGGGCCUGAUGCUGAACAAUAUCGCGUCAAGUCUUUCCAGAGUUCACAACUUCUGGCAUCUCAAACAUUGCUGGGUGAUCUCAUUCCGUCGUCUUGUGAGCGUGCUCCACUCCGAACGUUGUCCUUCAUGGCUACGCAAGAGUCCUCGGAUAUACAGCCUCUUCGCCGACUAAGGCGGCGCAGUACUUCGCCAUUGGACGGGAAAGCACCUGUACAAGACGACGCCUCCCUUCUGCCCCCUCUACUUAUUUCUCAGCUGCCAAAGAGAAACGCGUUUGAUGUCUUGGGAGGGAACCCAAAAUCCAAUGCACCUAAACGAAAGCUGGAGAAAUCUGAAUUCGUCGCUGCGGAGGCCGAGGAAUCAGAUGAGGACGAACUGAUUGGCUUCGGGCCUUUCAAGAAAGAUGACGAUGAGGAGGCAGAGGACGACGAUGACGAUAAAAUUGUGGAAGGUCUUGUUGAUGAUGCGGCCAUGGAUGUUGACACAGAAGGGGCUGAUUUAGUCCAGGAGAAGUUCAGAGAGCAUGAGGAGGAAGAUGACCAGAAAUUGGAGAAGCUUCACCAGGAUGCCAUUGAUGGCAAAUUCAGAAUGAAGCGUCGCGACCGUGGGAUCGGCUUCGACGAGGAUAGCGACGAUGACGAGGAGGACGAGAAUAACAGGCGAAUACGACGGGGUAUGAACAAGAAGCGCAAGAUUGAUGGUGACACCCUCGAAGACCUAGGUCGAAACCAAGAAACCAAGGCGUUCUAUGACGCAUAUCAGCAUGAGUUGAUUGAUGAUGACCUUGAGUUUGUGCAUUUGCAAGCAGAUACGCGAAUGGUUAGUGAAGAUGAAGAUGAGGAGACGAGGAAAGUAGUAUUGAUCGAAGAUCUAAAUGCCGAACUGAGGGAAGCGGCCAGGAGUAGAGAGACUUUUGAAACUCUAGAUCCGGAGGACAUAUCAUGGAUCGACAGGGCGGACGAUGAGAACGAUGAGAAUGUUGCUGUCAAAGUGAUGACAGAGCGCUCCAGCAAUGCGCCCGCAAAACGACCCACAGUGACUCACUCAGACUUUGGUUUGGAGCGCCCAAACCGGAUAUUUGAGAAUGACCAAGAGAAAACAAAAUUGCGUUCGUGGGCGAGAGGUCAAGGUGGCGGAAACCAGGGGACUGGUCGGUCUGCUGUUGGUGCAGCCAUUACAGGACACGCCAAGGCCAAAGUCAAGACGGGUGGUGGUUCCUUGAGAACAGCCCAGGCGGCCACUGGAAGCAAUUCUAUCUCGAGCGCACCUGUUCCCCGCAAGCUGGAGAAGGGGCGAAGUAUGCUCUCCAGUGUGUCCGAUAGGAGUAGUCGAUUUGCAUAGUGUCUGUUAGCCUAUCUACCAUCUACCUUAUGUACUAUCUCUGGCCCAGAGUGACAAUAUUUUUGACCCGUUUUUUAUAAC